AGCGGCGCGCUGCAUUGUGGGAAGCGGAAGCAAAGCGGAAGUGAGGCCUGCUCGGUGCCGAGAAGCCUGUGGCGUAGAAACGGCAGCUGUCGGGGCUGGCAACUUCGGUAAGGCUGGAUUUUGUGGCUGCCCUGCGAGUGUUACCCGGCGGAGCAGACUUUACUUCCCCCAUAGGACAGCAGAAGGCGUUUCCAAUGUCCUGAAAGUUGUGUUUGUUUAUACGGAGCACGUACUCGGGAUACUGUGUCUCCCUGGGCGGUUAAAAUCCCCAGAGCCUCCGUGGUAGCUGCUGUUUCUCCUCUUCCCUUUGGGUUUCGGUACAUUCUGCGUUUUCACACAGAGGAGGCCUCUCCUCAGGACCUUCUCUGGAGGUUUAUUUGGUUUACCUGUUUCAGCUACGUAUUGGUCGCGGGAAACACAAGAGGGUCGUAAAAAGGACAUUUUGUGCUUCUUUUCGGCUUCUUGAAGUCCUUGUGGUUGGGGGGGGUGUUAAAACUGGGGCCGACCGUAUAGUGAGCUCCUGCUCUAGCCUACCGCCCUCCUCCCCCACUUACAGCAUCUCUCCGUUAAACGCACAAUUCCAGGUGCCAGGCUGAUUGAUCAGUACAUUAACUGUGCUUGAAAUUAUUUGCUUGCUUCCAGAUGCUUAGAUCAGAUAGAUGUUCUUUUGCUAUGAUGGCUAAGCAGGUCGUAGCUGAGGUGUUCUCAUUAAACUGUUACUAAUGAGAGGGAGGGAAACCCACAUAAACAUAGUUAUGUACUGCUAUGACUAAUAAUGCUAACUCGUUGAGAAUGGUUCAUAAAGAUACAAACAUCAGUGACUAAAUCCUGCUAGAGGAGUCUUCUAGGGAUCUAUGCAGCCACAGAAGGACUGGAGAAAAUAGCUGGGAGGCUUAUAACUCCCAAAGCAUCAGAAAGGCUAGCUAGCUUUUGGUUUCAUGUUCACCUAAUUUAUAGGAGGUGGUAACUUAUAGGAGCUCGAAGCUAUCAGCAUGAGUUUGACCAAACUGCGGGAGGCAGUGGAAGACAGAAGUGCCUGGCGUGCUCUGGUCCAGGGGGUCACGAAGAGUCAGACACAACUAAACAACAACAAAACUUCUAGGAGGCGGCUUAUUUAACAGUAACAUUGGUGGGGUUUGAAGAGGUAUUAUAAUCUGUCUUGAGUUAGGAUGGUGUUAAGCAGAGUGCGGUUAUGAUAUGACACUAUCUCUGCAUGUUACAGUUUUUGAAUCAUUUCUUGGAUUCAUGGCGAGCUUGUGCAUUGUCCCACUAAUCCCAGCUGCUUCUGUUUCUGUUAUCUCUCAGAGAGUGAAUGGUGUUAUAUUUCAUACGGUAGCUACUUUUUCUGAUGGCUGUGGCCUGGCUCCAAUUACUAUAAGAACACCAGUGAAGGGUCAAUGGGAGAAUUAAUACAUGCAAAAUACUGACUAUAGUUAACAGUUUGAGAUCAUUCAUAAGGACAUGUAUUAAAACAGUGUUGGAUCUAUUUCUGUGGCUGAUAAACCUGCAUUCUUAUUUGUAGGUAAAAGAUCAUGGAAUCUGGUAGUAUGGAAACGAUAGCUGCUAACCCUCCUGGAGGGUCAAAUGGCUUAGAAGAGCCUAAGAAGAUGACCAGGGAGGAUUGGAGGAAGAAAAAGGAAUUGGAAGAACAGAGAAAACUGGGCAAUGCACCAGCAGAAGUAGAUGAAGAGGGAAAGUAAGUCUUGUGUAUCCCUUCAUAUCUGCUAGCAGUUCCCUUGUAUUUCCUUCAAAGUUGCACUUCUUUUAUGACUUUCUGUUGUUUUAUUUUUUUGAAGUUAGGAGGUAUGUACCUUGAAGGAAUUUCUUUCAUCUUGCUUGAAUUUCUAUAGCCAGUGGGUAAUGAAAUGAAUGAACUGAAAUGUAUGGUUUAUUCCUGCCUUCAGCCUGUCUAGUCUUUUCCUAACCUUUCCAGAGUGGGGCAGGCAAUUGGAAGGGAUUGAAAUCUUGAAAUGUGAGGUUUUAACAAAAAAAAUUAAGCAAAAAGGAAGGGCCAAAGCUCAAUGCUCGGAAUAUCGAUCUGGGAGGGGAAAAGACUCACACUUCCUAUAUAACAUCGUAUCCUUUUACAGUAUUGUUAAGACAAUCGAACAUGGUUUUGACCCUCCAUUGACUCAUGGACCCUUAUGGAGAGACACUUUGAUUGCCUUUAUUGGAACAUCUAAAACAUACUACCAUCUGCCACUAUUUUCUCUUUUCUGCACAGCUGCUAAGCUCUGUUUUCCUUGUAUGGGUAUGUUUUGUUACAGUAGUACCUCGGGUUACAAACACUUAGGGUUACAGACUCCACUAACCCGGAAAUAGUACCUCGGGUUAAGAACUUUGCCCCAGGAUGAGAACAGAAAUCAUGUGGCGGCGGCAGCAGGAGGAGGUCCCAUUAGCUAAAGUGGUACCUCAGGUUAAGAACCGUUUCAGGUUAAGAACAGACCUCCGGAAUGAAUUAAGUUCGUAACCAGAGGUACCGUUGUACUUGAAAUUAACAAUCUAUUUUUUAAAGUCUUUCAAAAAGCACUGAAUUGGGGAUUCUGUUGUCGUCCCUUCUGUGGGUCUGAGUCUAUGUACUUGGAUGCAUGUCUCACUUGAGUUCAGCUGGGUGUCAGGUUCCAUGACAGAGAAAAGGCAGCAUAUAAAUGUCGGAACAUAAUAAAAAUAAAUAAUGAAAUGAUCCUAACUGUUUCCACUUAGAAGUCUCCUUGAUCUCUAUCUCAACAUGGGAACCCUUACUGACUUAAGGUCCAUCUUACCCAGUCACAAAGCAUUCACAACAUUAUUUUGUGGAUAUCUGUAACAUUUAAUUGUUCAACAAUGCAACCAUAACACAACCAUAUUUAUUCAGAAGUAAUUCCCAGUAUGUUCAAUGGGGCUUACUCCCACUUCAAUGUGUGUUUUUUCUAUUUAUUACAGAGACAUCAACCCUCAUAUUCCUCAGUACAUUUCCUCAGUCCCAUGGUAUAUCGAUCCUUCAAAAAGGCCUACACUAAAGCAUCAGAGACCUCAGCCAGAGAAGCAACAAGAAUUUACAUUUCUAGGGGAAUGGUAUAAGCGAGGAGUCAAAGAGGUAGGUCACCAUGAUGGGAAUGCUGGCACUCUAGAAUGUAAAUAAAUCCUAAUAAGUUUGCUGUCCUUUAUUUCUUAUUACUGGCAUUCAAAAGAUUGAGUUCAGCAAUAGUUUGUCAUCUUUCUGAGUAUCAGAUGUUCUGGGAUAGUUUUACACUAGUUGACUUGCAGGGGUACACUUCAAGCUAAGGAUCAAGUUCUCUGCAAUUAUCAUUACAGAUAAAAUUAAUUGUGUUGUAGAUCUGUUUCUUUUGCAGUCAAAUGGGGCCAACUAUAUUCUGAUCGAGGCUGACUGGAGGGAAGUAGGUGUGCUGUUGAUAGGAAGUUUUCAUUUGUUUUUGUUUUUUGCUCAGAAUUCUCAUGCAACCAAGUACCGCAAAGGAGCAUGUGAGAACUGUGGUGCCCUUACACACAAGAAGAAAGAUUGCUUAGAGGUAAGCACUAUUAUUAUUUUUACAUGAAAUUGGAUAAAAUUAACUGUGAAUCUUGCUAACAUCCUGAAAAAUUAAUUUUCCCAAGCUCUAUGAUCCAAAAAAUGAAUAAUAAUGUGGCCAGUUCCUUUUCUGAAGAACAGGAGCAAUGCUAAGGUUGUGAUCUAAUUCCUUCCCUGCAGAGACCUAGAAAGGUUGGAGCCAAAUUCACAGGAACCAACAUUGCACCAGAUGAGCACAUGCAACCACAGCUGAUGUUUGACUAUGAUGGAAAAAGAGACCGUUGGAAUGGCUAUAAUCCAGAGGAGCAUAUGAAGAUUGUAGAAGAAUACGCCAAGGUUGAUUUAGUAAGUAGGGUGGUGUGCUUUUUUCUUUUUCAGUGGUGCCUCGCAAGACGAAAUUAAUUCGUUCCGCGAGUUUUUCGUCUAGCGAAUUUUUCGUCUUGCGAAGCACGAAAUCCCAUAGGAAUGCAUUGAAAUUCAAUUAAUGCGUUCCUAUGGUCAAAAAAAGUCCAAACAAAGCCAAAUUUGGUACAACAAGAGUUUAUUAAGUGCUCUUUAAAGUCACACAUACUGUAAAGAGCUUUUCAAAAAUUGAAGGAACAAUAAAUUCAAAAAUUGAAGGAACAAUAAAAAUCAUAAAAAUUCAGGAAAAAACCACACAAGCUUCCAGAUUCUUGCAAACCCCUCCUCAACUGUUCCCCCAGCCACCCACCACACAGAAAUUCAAACCCAGAUUUUUUUAAAAAAAAAAACAGCAGAGUGGCCCAAUGGUCACAAAAAAUCAGAAAAAUGCAGAAAAAAACCACACAAGCUUCCAGAUUCUUGCAAACCCCUCCCCAACACCAAGUCCUUGAAUUCCAAACACCCCAACCCAAAAUCCAAAAACCCCCAAAAAAGUUUUAAAAGUUUAACUUACCAAAUGGCUGCAAAAGAAGUUUUGGAAAAGUGUUCAUACUGAAUUUUAGUACUGAACUAGACAGAUUUAAUUUUAAUUAAACAAGAUGGAUGUUUGCAUGAUGAAUGAAGUGGUUGUGGAAACUUUCAGUCCAAUGUGAGAAGUAAUCCUGCUUUCAUUUUAACAGGCUAAACGCUCACUGAAAGUGCAGAAGCUCCAGGAGGAGCUGGCUUCAGGAAAGCUGACGGAGCAAGUGGUAAGUGAACUGAAAACAUUAGUUGUUGUUUAGUCCUUUAGUCAUGUCCAGCUCUUCGUGACCACAUGGACCAGAGCACGCCAGGCACUUCUGUCUUCUACUGCCUCCCGCAGUUUGGUCAAACUCAUACUGGUAGCAAAACAUUAGUACCCUGGUGUUUUAUCACAAGGGAUGCGUGUCCUCCUUUCUCACAUGUCACCUCUGCUAUUAAAGUUAAAGGUAUAGGAUGCUGCUGAGGGCACAAAUAAGCACUAAGGAUAAAGGGACCCCUGACCAUUAGGUCCAGUUGUGGCCGACUCGGGGGUUGUGGUGCUCAUCUCGCUUUAUUGGCUGAGGGAGCCAGCGUACAGCUUCCGGGUCAUGUGGCCAGCAUGACUAAGCCGCUUCUGGCGAACCAGAGCAGCGCACGGAAACACCGUUUACCUUCCUGCCAGAGCAGUACCUCUUUAUCUACUUGCACUUUUGAUGUGCUUUCGAACUGCUAGGUUGGCAAGAGCAGGGACCGAGCCUCAGGAGCUCACCCCGUCCCGCUAGAUCAGGCUUAAAUCUACCUUAAGCCUAAAGCUUUUGCUAUGAACAAACCAACAAGAGUGCUUACUCAUUUGGGCGUGCCCUUCAUUUUGCAGAAGAUACUGAAUUUCUUCACUAGGCGGCAGUAUAAACCCUACUUUUAAUACUAAAGCUUCUUUUGAACUGGGAGGAAACCAGAGCCAUUUCAGGGUAUUUUCUUUCAACUUCCUCAAUAAAGUUAAUUUCAGUCUUACACUUUAAAAAAAAAUAUUUUGAAAUUUAAAACUAAAAUACAAAAUGAAGCUUAUAUACUGUGCUAAUGCUACUUUUCCUUGCCGCAGAACUCCCCGCGACAUAGAUGGGGAGAAGAGGAACCAAAUUCACAAAUGGUAAAGAAUAUUUUAAAAAAUUCACAAGAUACAGGAGAGAGAAUUGUUUUUUCACAGAAAAUGACUUGGUGUACUAUGAGGUGGGCAACUGGAUCACGCUAAAGGACCAAAUCUAGAACUGAACCUACUUCUGUGGGCCAUUUUGAUAGGUGCUUGGAACCACCCACCUAUUAAUCACCUGCCAUCAUAUAUGAUGGACCAGAAACUAUUACUGUUAAAAGGAAAUGUGAAAAAUUGGGGGAGGGGUCCACCUCUUUUCCCACCCCAACCAGGUACCUCUGAUAAUCAGCAUCACUUUAUGAAAAUAAGGGAGGUUGUUGUUUUUAAGCAUUUUUGCUUAGAGACAACAACAUUAAUCAGCUGCCCUUUCAGCUCUCUGUGCUGCUUGAGUAGCAUGGACCAACUAGAGGGAUGUUUCACAUCUGUUUCUGGAUCUAAGUGACCUGUCCUGCAAGGAUGAAAUAGACUUUGGCAAAUCUAACCUCACUUAGAUCCUAAUAAAUUAAAACAUAUAGACUCUUAUUAAAAAAAAAUUAUUUACAGAGCACUAAUAAAAUUGUGUGAAUUUUUAAAAUAGCUUAAAGGUCUUUGCAUUUUAGAUUAAUUGUGCAAAUGAGUUCUACACCUACUGCUCUUUUGAAUAAUCUUGCUAUGUUUUCAGGAAAGAGAUCAUAACAGUGAAGAUGAAGAUGAAGACAAAUAUGCAGAUGACAUUGAUAUGCCUGGACAGAAUUUUGACUCCAAAAGGCGUAUUACAGUCCGAAACCUGCGUAUUCGGGAGGAUAUCGCUAAAGUAAGCAGAUUCACAUUAAGCCUUGUCAUUGUGUAGCUGUUGUCUGUGUUUUACUGGUGGAUUAAGAAAAGUACACAACAUUCUUCUUGCCUUCAUCAAGCUUUAUUAAUUAAUAUAUGCAACCAAUAGUCUCUUUUAGAUUUCUCAUCCUUAACUGAAAAUUAAUUGCUUAGUGACAUUAAGAAAUCCAUUUAACUUAAAAUAAAAUGAGGAUUUGAUUAGCUGCAUUGACGAGUUGGCAUUAAGAAAUCUUCAAGGGAUGGUUGGCUCUGUUACCUGCACUGAAGCUUCAAGUCUGUAUUCUCAUGUCUUUUCAGUACUUGCGGAAUCUUGAUCCCAAUUCUGCAUACUAUGAUCCUAAAACCAGAGCGAUGAGAGAGAAUCCAUAUGCCAAUGCCGGAAAGAAUCCAGAUGAGUAAGUUUGAAACUAACUUGCUUGGGUAAUUUAAAUGUCUUGUGCAUCCUUUCAAACAUUAAUAUUUGGGCACCGGUGAAACCCGUACAUGACAGUGGAAGUUGAGAAAAGCUUUCUUUAGUACUAAUUUGAUACUGGGGAUUUCCUGGGUAGGAUCCAAAACCACAUGAAUGGACCUCCCUUUUCCCUAUCUGCCAGAGGUUUCCCAAACCAGGUUUUAGGGCAUGCAAGUGGGGGGGGGGGGUGAAUCUGUUCUACCAACAAUACCCAUUCCACUGGUGAAGAAACACUGUUGGAUUUCACCCAUGGAAAGAAAUUGGAUUUGACAUCUCCAUUGCCCCUAAUCAUUUGGUUGAAAUUAAUUAUUCUGUUGAAUGAUUAGUCUCCCUUUAUUUAGUAGAAUAGCUAAAUGCUGCACAGACAUUCACAUAUCCAUGUUCUAUCCCACUAGGGGCAAGUGCUCUUGAGUUUCUGGGGGGGACUGAUACCCAAAAGCUUAUAUCUCUUUCCUCCAAGCUUUACUUUGUGCUGGAGUAAGGAGUAAAUAAAAAAUGACCUGAGUCUCUCAUGCUGCUUGUUACCAUAGCCAAGCUUGAGAUGAGACCAUGCUUUCCUUUCAAGCCUUCUGUAUAUAGCCAGAAGGUUCAGUGAUAGUCAUGGUUUUCUCUUUUGAGUUGCAGUUUGGGGAAAGCAAAAGAGCUGAAAUCUCUUGUGUGAUUUGUUAUCUACAGCUCAGGACUGGUGAGAAACCCCUGCCUCCAAGACCAACAGCACACUUGGGAGGACUUUCAUGGGGAUGGGAGAGGGUUGGUGGUGAGCAUAAAUAGAGGCUGGCUUGUAAGUCACCAACAAAUGUGGGCCCCAGAUGCUGUGUAAGAAAGCUCUGUUGCAGGAGGGUCGCAGCACAUUCCUUUCUUGUAUGUGGUUUUAAUCUGAAAGUUGUUUCUCAUACUGCGUUUCGAUAAUGGAUGAUUGCUCUAACUACAAGCAUAUUGCCUGAAAAGCUGGUGCGUGCAGUUGAGUCUCCUCAGAGAUGCAAGAAGCAGGCUGGAUUUUACAGAUCUAUGGCAGAGCUCGUCACUUAUGUUGCUUUUGGGGGUGGUGCGGGGACUUGCGGGGAUGAAGCACAUCUUUGCAAACAUGGGAAUGGCUCCUUUCAAUGAAAGUGUCCUAACAAAGAAGAAAGAACUCAUUUUGUAAUGUAAAACCACUCAUAUUUCCUGUGCAUCCUGGUUACUUACAAGGUCUUUCCUUCCAGGGUCAGUUAUGCAGGUGACAACUUCGUUCGUUACACGGGGGCUACCAUUUCAAUGGCGCAAACUCAGUGUAAGUACUGAAUCUGCCAGACGUGUUUCCUUCAGUUGCACCAUCUACUACUACUUAAUGAAACCUGCUUUUGACAGUGGAAGGAACUAUUCUCAGUUUAAUCUUCAGGGGAGUUUCAAUUUGGGGCAAAUAGAGGGAAAGGGUCCUUAUUCAGAGGAAACCCCCCCCCCAAAAAAAAAAAAAAAACUUUAGAGAAAUAUUGAGGGUUUUCAAUGUUCCCCCUUGCAUACCUCCUCUUGCCCUCAAAAAAAAAAAGGAAAACAAACUGUGCUAGGUGGUGUAUUUGUGCCUCCAUACUGCCAAAGGAACACUGGCUGCAGAGAGCAUCAUGCAGUUGUGAGUUCUCUUAGGCUUCUGAGGCCAAGAGUUAGGCUGAAAGGAAGUAGCUGUUUGUUUGUUUGUUUGCUCACUCACUUCCCUUCAGCAUGGGGUAUAAAAUGGGGGGGGGGGGCUGCAGUGAUGCAGGUGUCCUCCAAGCCCAAUGUCCCCUUUGUAUCCUUAGAUAAUUCUCCAAGGCAGUUCUCUUUCCUCUGCCCCUUGGAAACCAUGAACCCUCUGCUCAAAGCAAGUGGGUUCCAGGCCAGCUGUUCUUGAAGCUGGCUCAGUAGAGCCAAGCCUAGAGAGAUUCAUGGCAGCUGUUCCUAGAACUGGCUCUGUGAAGCUGAGAAUAAUUCAUGGGAGUAGAAGGGAAGAGUGAAAACAGAGAGAACCUUACCUUUGCCUUGUCUUCCUUUAGCCCCACUUCCCCCAAAAUUAUUUGGUUCCUAUUGAGAGCACAACCAGCUUAUACCUUGAAGUUAGUCUAUAUAUCAGCAAAUAGUUACUGCAAACAUUCUCUCUCCUUAAUUCCUUAAAAGUGUUUGCCUGGGAAGCCUAUGAAAAAGGCUCUGAAGUUCAUCUUCAGGCAGAUCCUACAAAACUUGAACUCUUGUAUAAGUCCUUCAAAGUGAAAAAAGAAGACUUCAAGGAGCAGCAGAAAGAAAGCAUCCUGGAGAAGGUAAAUCAGCCUCCUAAGCACCAGACUAGUAGCUGUAGGCAACCAGGGAUUUUUGCAUGCAGCAAUAGAAAUGCAGCAAGCAAGAUUUACUGAAUUACGUAUUUUGAACAGAACUGUGUGCCAGUUUGUAAGGUUUUAUAAAUUUGUACGGUUUUAUAAAUAAAAAAACCCUUCAUUUAAGCCCCUUAAAAGAAUCCAACACACAACAAGGAGUAAAUAGGUUCACAAGCCAAUCUGAUUUUUGAAGUGGAAAUGGAUUUAUAAUCUAACCUUGCUGUGCAUUUGCUGCUAGAAAUUUAUGCAGUUUUGCUUGUGUUGGUGUGUUCUAUUCUACUGAAGAGAAAUUUGAAAAUGCUUUCAAUACACAUGCACAUGAACUCUUUAAAAGAGCACAGUGGACAGGCAACAACCAUUUUGCGCACAUACAGUUGAUGCACAACCGCCAACAUGCGGGUUAUUUUAGACCUGGGAAAUGGCAGGACAGGCUUCGGUGUGCUCCACUGACCAGAAACACAACCCCAUACAAAUUGGGUUGCCUGUAUAUAAGGAUAGCAUAGUGGCUUACAGUUGAUUCCUGCAAUAUCCAGAUAGGGAUUCUUGAUUAGUAAAGUACUGUAUAGUUAAACUAGAUAAUCCUUUGCUAAAGAUUUUUCCAAACUUUAUUUCUUAACAGUACGGAGGACAAGAACAUCUGGAUGCCCCACCGCCUGAGUUGCUGCUUGCUCAGACGGAAGAUUAUGUGGAAUAUUCUAGACAUGGAACCGUUAUUAAAGGCCAAGAGAAGGCUGUUGCUCGUUCUAAAUAUGAGGAAGAUGUAACUAUCAACAACCACACAGUAAGUAACCAAGAACAGGAAACCUUACUAAAAAUAAGGCUGCACUUUAUAUUUUGAAUAAGGGUUCUACUUCUCAGAAUUAAUUCUGAGCUGUGCUCCCCUUCAGCUGCAAGCAGCCAAAUUCUGACCUGCAUGCAGUUCAUAGGUAUGAGUUGAGUUCUCCUGUGCUUACAUGGUCACCACUUCACUGUAAAACAGUUGGUUUUAAAAGUUACUUAUUACAAUGAUUCCUUUGCAGGGAGAAGCAAUAAAAGCUGCCUUCCGUCCUUCCGCUUAUUGUGGGCAGAAGGAACCUUCCUUUAACAUAGGGUGACCUCUAGAUCCAGCCCCAUCGUUUCACUUUGCAAAUAUUUGACUUGGGAACUUGAAAAAUCAGUUUUCAAAAUCUGCAGAUACUGUACAUCUGUUCAGGGUGCAGUUCAGCAAAAAUAAAGCGCUUUAUGUCCCAUUUUGGCAGCAGAAUUAUGCAUAUAUUCAGAAACUCAGUCAAGUAAACUAAAACAUCAAAAGGGCUGAACUUUGGGUUGCCCCAGAUGUUGCAGCCUUUCCUCAUAGGGCAGUUGCUGUAACCCUUAGUCCAGCAGCCUUUUCUCACAGUGGCCAACCAGAUGCCUCUGGGAAGCCAACAAGCAAGAACUGAGUACAACAAAUCCUUCCUAGGCUGAAGAUUUAAGUUUAAUAAAUCCUCUGUAAGUAGAUUUCAUGAUUUCAGGGAAAGUAAUAUUUCUCAAAAGUUUAGUUGUAUCCUGAACAACAUUUAUAUAAUUCUAUAACUUUACAUCAGCACAACCAAUGGUGGUAAAAGUAACUGAUUUUACUUUUCUUUUUGUUCCCCCUGCAGUGCAUUUGGGGUUCCUAUUGGAAAGAAGGCAAAUGGGGAUACAAAUGCUGCUACUCAUUUGUAAAGUAUUCGUAUUGCACAGGAGAAGCUGGAAGAGAAAUUGCAGUAAGAACUGGCCUAAGAAAUAAAUUUUCCACUUCUAAGUUUUAAAAAAUCCAGGCUAAUACUUGUUUCUCCUGUUGAAUUUUAUUUUCUCUCCUAUUUAUUCUCUCUACAGAAUGCUGAUGAGGAAUUGCCCAUUGAAGUGCCUGAGGAAGAGUAUGUGACCAAACAAAGAACUCUAGUGGAGGUAGGUUGCCUUUUUCUCCUGUGUGCUUCCCUUUACAAAAAAAAAAGAAAAAGAAAAGAAAAACCUAUUGUGUGUCAAGGGGAAGAGAGAUAAUUUUAGUUUGUAGAGCAGGAAUGGGGAACUGCAUCCAGCCAGCAGGCCAGAUCUCCAUGCCCACUGCAAGUCACCUGCCAUCACUAGGUGAAGUUGUUUUUCUUUGCAGACAAACUUGAACUCAAGUCAGGCUGCAAAGAAAGGUCACUGCAGCCAAUACCAGCUGGGGUUGUAGUCAGUGCCAAUCAGCUAAGUGACGCUGAUUAAAACCUCUGCUUUUGGCAGGAAUCAGUUGCGCUUGGGAGCUCAGAUCAGGAGUUCUUUAAUGACACUAAUCUCAGCGGAGCUUGUAUUUGGCAUCAAAUUUUAAAGGUGCCGAAUGCAAGUCCUGCUUAGCAAGAAACAAUUGGCAGCGCCCUUUAAUCGUUCCUUUGCAGCUGUGUCUUUACUUGCUCCACACCUGGUGUUACAUACAUCUGGUGUGUAGCAGAUGGAUGUGGUUUAAGGGAAACUGCCCCAUGGGCCCAAUUAAACCCCCGCCAGGCCUAAUUUGGCUUGUGGGCCGGAAGUUCCCCACUACUGAUAUAGAGGAAUAGUUCUCUUUAACUGCAAGAUCCGCCUAGUGGUUAUUCAAAAUAAGAAGGUACAGCCCAUGUAACAUUUCAUCCUUCAAAGUCUCAAAAAGUCCCUAGGUUCGUUUACUGCAAGUUGUUAUACGUGGGGCUGCCUCCGAAUACUAUUGCUUUUUUCCACCCUCUGCAGAUGCAUCAGGAAAAACAAAAAGAGGAGAAGAAGAAAAAGAAGAAAAAGCACAAGAAGAGUACAGGUUCUGAUAGUGAAGAAGAUAGAAAGAAGCAGGAAAAAUUAAAGAAGGUAUGCUUGAAAUAAGAAUAAUCUGCCAGCUGCAUUUUUCUUGCUUAUUAGUAAUUUUCAAACUGAUGGAUUCCUUUUGUUAGCCGAUGUAAAGUGUUGAAUACAACUUGGUGACUUUUUAGUCAUACUCUUUUGGGUGAAUACUUGUGACGGUGUUUAGACCAGUAGCCAACAGUUGGAAUCCCAUGGGCUAAACCUACAUUAUGCCACAUGAUCACCUUAAUGCUGCAGACAAUUUCUCUCCAUCCCUGCCUAUCAUUUAAUGAAACCUCACUCCCUGUAUUGGAUCUUGCUGGCUUCUGUAAACUAAUAUUGUCACACAGUUACGGAUUGUGUUUUGUUUUCCUUUAGGCACUGAAUGCUGAAGAAGCCCGUCUCCUUCACGUGAAAGAAAUAAUGCAAUUAGAUGAGAGAAAGAGGCCAUAUAACAGCAUGUAUGAAAGCCGAGAACCAACAGAGGAGGAAAUGGAAGCUUAUCGAAUGAAGCGCCAGCGGCCAGAUGAUCCUAUGGCCUCGUUUCUGGGGCAGUAACUUUUAUGAAAGAACUUGCAAGCCCACAGGACUUGGGUGUUGUUUUUAUAUUUGAUCACCGAGUAGAACACCUGUCAGUUUUCUGUAUUGUAUUGUGUAUGUGUAUAUAAAUAUGGCAUAUAAAUAUGGCAAUAUUUCAACUGAAAAAA